AUGCCGGAGAGAUCAGCUUCCACGAAAAGACUGAUGAUAGCCGUCAUUCUCUCCACCACCUUCAUGUGCAUUGAAGUUUACGGUGGCAUCAUAGCCAACAGCCUCGCUGUCGUCUUCUCUCAAACGUCGCGGCAUAUGCCAUCUCUCUUAUCGUUCUCCAGGCAGCUGGAUGGACCGCCAAACCUCGUCUAUCCUACAGAUACUUCCGAAUGGAGAUCUUGGGAGCUAUGUUUUCUGUACAGUUAGCAUGGCUGCUAUCAGGUGUUCUCCUUUAUGAAGCCAUUGAUAGAAUCAUAAACUACAGAGGAGAGGUAGAAGGCUUCCUAAUGUUCUCUGUUUCUGCCUUCAGACUCGUAGCCAACUCCCUCGUUGCAGCUCUUCUGAGUCACGAGGGCCAUGGCCGUCAUCUCACUGAUGACCUCAAACCCAUUAGGAGCCAUGGGAGCGGCGAUGCAGAGGAACCCCUUGUAAAGCAUGCGGAAGUGAGGAACGUCAACGCAGGCAGUGGCUACCUCCAUGCGCCUGGAGAGUCGAUCUUGACUGUCGGAGUGAUGAUUGCCGGGGCGUUCGUGUGGUGCAAACCUGAAUGGAAGAUUAUCGAUCCUGUAUGUACGCUCGCCUUCUCUUCGGUCGCUCUUGUGAACUCUGAAGCUGGUGAAGAAAAUAGUUGAUGUUCUCAUGGAGUCAUCCCCUGAGGAGAUCGACGUGAAGAGGCUCAAGAAAGGCCUGUGUGAGCUGGAUGGUGUGGUUUCCAUCCAUGAGGUACACGUGUGGGCGAUCACCUUGGGGAAGGUGAUUCUCACGUGCUAUGCCAGCGUAACCCUAGAGGCUGAUGCUGAUGAUGUGCUUUGCAAGGUUGUGGAGUACAUACGGAAGGAAUACGGCAUCCUGGAUAUCACCAUGCAAAUCGAACGCCGUUAG